AUGGAAAGAUCACCCUCCAAGAUGUCUAUCGCACGGGCCUUCACUACCCGCCGCGUACGGCAAACUCUCGACCUGACGAACAGCAACAAAAGCGAGAACGUCUCCGACAGCCUGCCGCAACGCAGCAAAGCCGUCAAGAUGUUUGGUGGUGGUGGCGGCUCUAUCCGUCACAAGAUCUCUGCUCCCGUCAAGCUCACCCACACCACCAACCCACUUUCCUUUCAAGCUCCGGACAUCUACCGCCAGGUUGCAAAGCCAUCCCCAGCGAGGACGGUGUCUUCGUCGAGCAAGGCAUCUGACGACGAAUCCGACAUUGUGUCUACGCCUGCUACGACGCCGCCCACCAGUCCAGAGACGUCCUUCCCGGAGGAUCUCCGAUCCAUGUCACCCGAGCCGAAUCACCUGUCUUGCUACUUCGUGCCGCCAAAGGCGGCCACGGUUGGGGAACCUGUUUCUGAUGUUACGGAGUCUACGGCAGCUUCCUCAGCAGCCGCGGCACCGCUUAUUCCGCAUCGCGCCCCAUCCCACACUAAGAAGUCAUACGACGGCCUGACGCGCCAUCGAUCCGUCUCGCGGAUGUCUGAGCAGUCACUACGAUCGUUGUCGCUGUCAUCCAAGGGCAGCUUCAGCUUCUCACGCUCGUCAUCCACCUCGACACAUACCAGCACGAAUUCCGUGUCCGGGUCGCGUGCGUCGACGGUAUCACACCACGCGAAGCCAUCUUCGCUUCAUGCCUCAACAUCUUCAGUCAGCGGCUUUUCUACUACACCCUACGCUUCGGCACCGUCGCCCCCCAUUUCCCACAAAAGGGACUACUCGGAGUCCAACCCCUUCGGUCACGAGCUGGCCAAGGUGUCAGAACUCGUGGAGGAGUUUGGGAAGGAGAAGGCCCCGGAGCAGCCGGUUGUUGCUGCGCCCACACCGGCGAACCCUGUCAUCAUCGAAGAAGAACGUGAACUCGUCCGUCUAGGAUGCAAGAAAUACAGUGCCGAAGACUACCUAUGCGAAAUACAGGGUCUCGUGGCCAGUUUUUUGGGCGAUUCUCGGCCAACAACUGCCAUGUGGAUCUAG